AUGCCGGAAUAUUCGUACAUGCCCGAAUACUCGGAAAUGCCGGAAUAUUUUCAGCCAUGUAUUCAAAGAGACUACGGGUAUGGGUCGACAGUCUGUGUCUGUAAUCUAACACAUUGUGAUGAUUUGGAUGCACUCAAGAUCACCACCAAAGGUGUGGUCACUGUCUUCGAGACGAGUAAAAGUGGCGAUCGGUUGGAGAAAACAGAAUUGAAAUUCGGAGACAAUUCUGAGUUUAAUGCAAACAAAUCGCAGACAAUAACUGUUGACAAAAGUAAAGGCGUUUAUCAGAAGAUUGUGGGUUUUGGGGGCGCCUUCACAGACGCCGCCGGACUUAACAUCAAAACUCUUCCCGAAAAACUACAAAACCGUAUAAUUAGUGACUAUUUCUCUAAAUCCGGAAUUGAGUACAAUUUGGGACGCAUUCCCAUCGGAGGCUCAGACUUCUCGACCCAUGCCUACAGUUAUGACGACAAUAAUAAAGACGACUUUGAUUUGAAACACUUUAGUUUGGCAGAUGAUGACCUCAAUUAUAAGAUUCCGAUAAUUAAAAAAGCCAAACAAAUUAACAGCGAUUUGAGAGUAUUUGGCAGUCCUUGGUCACCACCUGCCUGGAUGAAAAAUAAUUCAGAACUAAACCAUGGUGGAUACCUAAUAGGAGAGCCUGGUGGCAAAUACUAUAAAGCAUUCGCAAACUACAUUGUUAAAUUUUUAGACUCAUAUAAAGCAUCGGGAGUUCCUAUAUGGGGCAUAACCAUAGAGAAUGAGCCAUAUGGACCAAUAUUAUAUCCUAACUAUCCCUGGAAUAGUCUGGCUUUCACUCCAGAACUUGAACGGGAUUUCAUCAAAAAGGAUUUGGGACCCAUUCUGGAGGCGGCCGGUUAUGGUGUCAAUACAACCCAACUUAUGAUAUGCGAUGAUCAGAGAUCAUGGGCUGACACGUGGGCUAACACUAUAUACACCGAUAAAGAUGCGGCCAAAUAUGUGUCUGGAUUGGCGUUUCACUGGUACUUAAAUACUGAUGAAAAUGCCAUAAACCUGGAUGUCGUACAUAAAACCGAUCCCAGCAAAUUCAUAUUGGCUACGGAGGCCUGUGAGGAGUAUAAGGGUAAAGAACAGCACGUAUUUCUGGGCAGUUGGCAGACCUUUGAGAGAUACGCUAAAGAUAUUAUUGUCGAUUUGAAUCACUGGACGUCUGGUUGGGUUGACUGGAACCUGGCGUUGGAUACGGAGGGCGGACCCAAUUGGGUGAAGAACUUCGUCGACGCACCCGUUAUAGUGAACGCCACGAGUCAGGAGUACUAUAAAAAUCCCAUUUUCUACGCNUUGGGUGAAGAACUUCGUCGACGCACCCUGAACGCCACGAGUCAGGAGUACUAUAAAAAUCCCAUUUUCUACGCUAUGGGACAUUACAGCAAAUUCUUGACCCCUGGAUCUCAACGGGUGUUUCAAACACAAGAACCCUCUGUUGACACACUGUUGUCAACUACUUUUGUGCGACCGGACGGGGGAACUGUAGUCAUUGCAUUGAAUUUAGGUGACGAUCCCAUAGACAUUGUAAUUAAUGACUCAGAAUUGAAGCAAAAAGUAUCUCAUUCUUUGAAACCCCGAUCAAUUCAAACUCAGCCAUGUAUUCAAAGAGACUACGGGUAUGGGUCAACAGUCUGUGUCUGUAAUCUAACACAUUGUGAUGAUUUGGAUGCACUCAAGAUCACCACCAAAGGAGUGGUUACUGUCUUCGAGACGAGUAAAAGUGGCGAUCGGUUGGAGAAAACAGAAUUGAAAUUCGGAGACAAUUCUGGGUUUAAAGCAAACAAAUCGCAGACAAUAACUGUUGACAAAAGUAAAGGCAUUUAUCAGAAGAUUAUUGGUUUUGGGGGCGCCUUCACAGACGCCGCCGGACUUAACAUUAAAACUCUUCCCGAAAAACUACAAAACCGUAUAAUUAGUGACUAUUUCUCUAAAUCUGGAAUUGAAUACAAUUUGGGACGCAUUCCCAUCGGAGGCUCAGAUUUCUCGACCCAUGCCUACAGUUAUGACGACAAUAAUAAAGACGACUUUGAUUUCAAACACUUUAGUUUGGCGAAAGAAGACCUCGAUUUUAAGAUUCCAAUAAUUAAAAAAGCCAAACAAAUUAACAGCGAUUUGAGAGUUUUUGGCAGUCCCUGGUCACCACCUGCCUGGAUGAAAAAUAAUUCAGAACUAAACCAUGGUGGAUACUUAAUAGGAGAGCCUGGUGGCAAAUACUAUAAAGCAUACGCAAACUACAUUGUUAAAUUUUUAGACUCAUAUAAAGCAUCGGGAGUUCCCAUAUGGGGCAUAACCAUAGAGAAUGAGCCAAAUGCAGCAUCAUUAUUACCCAACUUUCCCUGGAAUAGUCUGAGUUUCACUCCAGAACUUGAACGGGAUUUCAUCAAAAAGGAUUUGGGACCCAUUCUGGAGGCGGCCGGUUAUGGUGUCAAUACAACACAACUUAUGAUAUACGAUGAUCAGAGGGAAUGGGUUCACACGUGGGCUAACACUAUAUACACCGAUAAAGAUGCGGCCAAAUAUGUGUCUGGAUUGGCGUUUCACUGGUACAUAAAUACUGAUACAAAUGUCCAAAACCUGGAUGUCGUACAUAAAACCGAUCCCAGCAAAUUCAUAUUGUCUACGGAGGCCUGUGAGGAUUAUAGGGGUAAACAACAGCACGUAUUUCUGGGCAGUUGGCAGACCUUUGAGAGAUACGCUAAGGAUAUAAUUAUCGAUUUGAAUCACUGGACGUCUGGAUGGGUUGACUGGAAUAUGGCGUUGGAUACGGAGGGCGGACCUAAUUGGGCGAAGAACUUCGUCGACGCACCCGUUAUAGUGAACGCCACGAGUCAGGAGUACUACAAAAAUCCCAUUUUCUACGCUAUGGGACAUUACAGCAAAUUCUUGACCCCUGGAUCUCAACGGGUGUUUCAAACACAAGAACCCUCUGUUGACACACUGUUGUCAACCACUUUUGUGCGACCGGACGGGGGAACUGUAGUUAUUGCUCUUAAUUUGGGUGACGAACCCAUAGACAUAACUAUUGAUGACUUGGAAUCUAAGCAAAAAUUGAAUUCAUGUUUUCCUAAAGAUUAUGGAUACGGAUCAACAGUUUGUGUCUGUAAUGUCACACAUUGUGAUGAUUUGGAUCCACUCGUGAAGACACCGAAAGGUGUGGUCACUGUCUUCGAGACGAGUAAAAGUGGCGAUCGAUUUGUGAAAACAGAAUUGAAAUUCGGAGACAAUUCUGAGUUUAAUGCAAACAAAUCGCAGACAAUAACUGUUGACAAAAGUAAAGGCGUUUAUCAGAAGAUUGUGGGCUUUGGGGGCGCCUUCACAGACGCCGCCGGACUUAACAUCAAAAGUUUGUCACAAAACUUACAAAACCGUAUAAUUAGUGACUAUUUCUCUGAAUCGGGAAUUGAGUACAAUUUGGGACGCAUUCCCAUCGGAGGCUCAGACUUCUCGACCCAUCCCUACAGUUAUGACGACAAUAAUAAAGACGACUUUGAUUUACUUAAGUUUAGUCUCACUGAAGAAGACUUUAAAUAUAAAUUGCCUUAUUUGGAGUAUGCCUUAAAUGUGAGUCUAAAUAGAGUGCAAUUCUUCGGGAGCACGUGGUCUCCCCCGGCGUGGCUUAAAAAUAACUCUGAGCUAAAUGACGGUGGGUAUAUCAUCGGUGAACCCGUGCAAUUCUUCGGGAGCACGUGGUCUCCCCCGGCGUGGCUUAAAAAUAACUCUGAGCUAAAUGACGGUGGGUAUAUCAUUGGUGAACCCGGUGGCAAAUAUUACAAAACUUACGCAAAUUAUCUGGUCAGAUUUUUAGACAUCUAUGAAGCGAACGGAAUCCCCAUUUGGGGCCUAACUGUGGCCAAUGAACCCAGAAAUGCAUUGAAACCUCACUUCAGAUUCAAUUGCUUGGGCUUUACUCCAGAACUUCAACGAGACUUUAUAAAACUUGAUUUGGGACCUACACUUGAAAAGGCCGGGUAUGGCAUAAACAGGACUCAACUAAUGAUAUACGACGACAACAUCAAGAAUCUGUACGAAUGGGCGGACAUUAUAUACGCGGACAAAGAGGCGGCCAAAUAUGUGACGGGAAGUGCUUUCCAUUGGUAUCAAAACCAGAACUACACUGAAGUGACAGAUAUAUUGGCAAAGACUAGAUCUGUGGACGAAACCAAAUAUUUAUUGAGUACUGAGGCCUGUGAGGAAUGGCGUGGGAAAGACAAACACGAUUUGAAUCACUGGUCGAGUGGUUGGGUUGACUGGAACCUGGCGUUGGAUACGGAGGGCGGACCCAAUUGGGUGAACAACUUCGUCGACGCACCCGUUAUAGUGAACGCCACGAGUCAGGAGUACUACAAACAGCCCUUUUUCUAUGCUUUGGGACAUUACAGCAAAUUCCUGACUCCUGGCUCUCAAAGGGUUUUCCAAUCACAAGAACCCUCUGUUGACACACUGUUGUCAACCACUUUUGUGCGACCGGACGGGGGAACUGUAGUUAUUGCUCUUAAUUUAGGUGACGAACCCAUAGAUAUCAUAAUUAAUGACUUAGAGUUAAAGCAAAAAGUGUCUCAUUCUGUGAAGUCCCGGUCAAUUCAAACAUACAUUUAUUACAUUUAA